AUGGUAGACAAUUAUGGCGCAUCUUGCUCUCAGGACGAUAUAGACCUUGAAACAGAAUUGCUGAUGGCGAAUCUAGCGUUGGAAGAUAUUAAAGACAUUGAAGGCAACAGCAAGGGCAAGGCUCGCUUCGAUGCACCCGCUACCGACGAGGAGCUCGCGCGACGAGCGCAGGCUGACAGCUUCCAAAGCCUGAUUGGGCUUUUGGCUGACCGUCAACUUGCGCUUAGUAUCGAUAAGGCCCUCGAGACCGACUGGGACAGCAUACACGCUCUGUGCGUGCUCGACCAGGCGGAGCACGAUGACCAGGAGGCUGCUCGCACCUUGGAAAGUGGAAAUAGGCUACCCCCUACAACCGCGGCUCAACAGGCGAUACAGGAGUCAAAGGUUAAUACUCCUGAGCAAAGGAAAGUGAAUCAACAGUCUGAUGGCAUGUCCACUGCCAACAAUGCCCCAAGUGGUGGAGUGAAGCCUCACUCAUACUAUAGAACAAACACCAUUUCGGGCGCUUCAAGCUCUGGCUCCCGAGACGUCCCAAAGACCACGCCGAAUAGCAAAGCUGUGGAGUGUCUGAUAUGUGCUGAUUCUCUCAAACCAGUCAAAGCCUACCAAGCGCCCUGUUCCCAUCACUACUGCUUUCCAUGUCUUACCGACCUCGUAGAGACAGCAUCUCGUGACGAGACUCUGUUCCCCUUACGCUGCUGCAGAGAAAGGCUCCCCGUCGAAUCUGUCCUUUCGCGAAUUUCUUUGGAACUCCAGACGCGCUUUCGAAGGAAGGUUGUUGAGUUUUCGAUACCGUCAGGCUUCCGUGUAUACUGUUCCAACCCUCGAUGCUCGGUCUUCCUAGGCGAAUCCGGGAAAACCAAGCCAGACUUUGAAUGCCAAAAUGACGGAUGCCGCACAGCGACCUGUGCGGCGUGCAAGAGCGCUGCACAUCCUGGAGAAGACUGCGCCGAGAGCGUCGCGACGCGCGAGGUGAUGGCCCUUGCUGCCGCGCGAGGCUGGAAGACGUGCCCGGGAUGCAGUGCAAUCGUCGAGCUCAGCCAGGGGUGCUACCACAUGACGUGUCGGUGCGGUGCGCAGUUCUGCUAUUUGUGCACUGCGCGCUGGAAGACAUGUCGAUGCGAGCAUUGGGAUGAAAAUCACAUCGUAGCCGAUGCCGAGCGUCGUGUACAAAACGAGCAUGGUGCUCGGGCCGCUGUGGCCAAUCCCGUACGCCAUCAGGAGCGGGUACGACGCCGGGUCGAAGAGAUCCGUCAAAACCACGAUUGCCUGUUCCAUGAGUGGACUUACCGCCACGGCCAAGGGCGUUGCGAAGAAUGUGGGCAUACUUUGCCCAUCUUUCUUAUGCGUUGCACAGGUUGUCAGAUGUUGGUCUGCAAGCGAUGCUCGUACAAUAGGCUGUGA